GGAGCCGAGGGGACGAGGAGCCGAAGAGCCGAGGGGACGAAGAGCCGAGGAACCGAAGAGCCGAGGGCUCGAAGAACCGAGGAGCCGAAGAGCCGAGGUGACGAGGAGCCGAGGAGCCGAAGAAUCGAGGAGCCGAGGAGCCGAGGAAGGAGCGGAGGAGCGGACUGCGGGGAGGCUCCGAUGCCCCGGCUCCUCCUCCUCCUCCUCCGGCCCGCACCCGCUCCCGCUCCCGCACCCGCUCCCGCUGCGGCCCCGGGCCUCAUGGCGCCGCUGCCCCGGGGCUGGGGUCGGGGGUCGGGCCCUCCGGGGUGGGCGCUCCGGGCCGGGGCGGGGACCGGGGGGCGCUGCUACUGCAGCUGCCGCCGCCUCCAGCAGGUCCUCCCGCUGCGACCUCCCUGCUGGCCGGGGGCCCGGGGCCUCGUCCGCCUCCUGGGGCUCCGGCCCGGCCCGGGGUGGGCUCGGUUCUCCUCCUCCGGGAUCCCCUCCGGGAUCUCCUCCGGGACCCCCUCCGGGAUCUCCUCCGGGACCUCGGGGGGCUCCGGGGUCCCCGGCCCGUCCCGCCCCGACGCCAAGAGGCUGCUGGAUUUGGCCUAUCCCGAGCGCUGGAGGCUGACAGCGGCUGUCGGCUUUCUGACCGUGUCCAGCGUCAUCACGAUGUCGGCCCCCUUCUUCCUGGGGCGGAUCAUCGACGUGAUCUACAGCAGCCCCACGGGGGACUACACCCAUAACCUGGGUCACCUCUGCGCCGCGCUGAGCGGCGUGUUCCUGUGCGGCGCCGUCGCCAACGGCAUCCGCGUCUACCUCAUGCAGACCGCAGGGCAGCGUAUCGUCAACAGGCUCCGCGGGUCCCUGUUCUCCUCCAUCCUGAAGCAGGAAGUGGCCUUCUUUGACCGGACGCGCACGGGCGAGCUGGUGAACCGGCUGUCGGCGGACACGGCGCUCUUGGGGCGGGCGGUGACCGAGAACCUGUCGGACGGGCUGAGGGCCGUGGCCCAGGCCUCCGUCGGCGUCGGGAUGAUGUUCUUCGUGUCUCCCAGCCUGGCCACGUUCGUCCUGGGCAUCGUCCCUCCCAUGUCCAUCCUGGCCGUGGUAUACGGCCGGUACCUCCGGAAGCUGAGCAAAGCCACGCAGGACUCGCUGGCCCAGGCCACGCAGCUAGCCGAGGAGAGAAUCGGGAACAUCCGGACGGUGCGAGCCUUUGGGAAGGAGCUGGCCGAGAUGGACAAGUACCUCGCCAGAGUCCAGCACGUGCUGCAGCUGGCUAAGAGGGACGCCCUGGCCCGGGCCGGCUUCUUUGGAGCGACUGGGCUGUCCGGGAACCUGAUCGUGCUGGCCGUCCUGUACAAGGGUGGCCUGCUGAUGGGCAGCGCCCACAUGACCGUGGGCGAACUCUCUUCCUUCCUGAUGUACGCAUUCUGGGUCGGACUGAGCGUCGGAGGUUUGAGCUCCUUCUAUUCAGAGCUGAUGAAGGGGCUGGGGGCCGGCGGGCGCCUCUGGGAGCUUCUGGAGCGGAGGCCCGAGCUCCCGUUCGACGAGGGGGUCACGUUAAACCCGAAAACUUUCCGGGGUGACCUGGAGUUCCGAGGGGUCCGGUUCGCCUACCCCACCCGUCCAGAGGUGCCCAUCUUCCAGGACUUCAACCUGUCCAUCCCCGCCGGCUCGGUCACCGCCCUGGUGGGCCCCAGCGGGUCGGGCAAGUCCACGGUCGUGUCGCUCCUUUUGAGGCUGUACGACCCCGAGGCCGGAACCAUCAGUGUGGAUGGCCGGGACAUUCGCCAAGUGAACCCAAUCUGGCUGAGGUCCAAUAUCGGGACGGUGAGCCAGGAACCGGUGCUGUUCUCCUGCUCCAUUGCGGAAAACAUCGCCUACGGCGCCGACCGGCCGACCUCGGUGACCCCGGCCGACAUCCGGAAAGUGGCCGACGUAGCCAACGCAGCCGCCUUCAUUCACGGCUUCCCUCAGGGAUUUGACACACUGGUGGGAGAAAAGGGAGUCCUCCUUUCAGGUGGACAGAAACAGCGCAUUGCCAUUGCCCGCGCCCUGCUCAAGAAUCCCAGGAUUCUUCUGCUAGAUGAAGCAACCAGCGCCCUGGAUGCCGAGAACGAGACGGUGGUCCAAGAAGCACUGGAGAGGCUCAUGGAAGGGCGGACGGUGCUGGUCAUCGCCCAUCGCCUGUCCACCAUUAAGAAAGCCUCCGUGGUGGCGGUGCUCAGUCAGGGCAAGAUCAUCGAGCGAGGGAAGCACGACCAACUUCUCUCCAACCCCAACGGCGUCUACAGCAGCCUGGUGAGGAAGCAAACCUUCCUGUCGGCGGACGACGGAGGGCAAGAGCAGGGGGCUCCCUGCUUCCCGAGGGUGGCGGGACGUUCCCAGUAGGGGAUCCUGGCCACGUCCUGCAUCCCCCCCAGCCAGAGAGCCCACGUCACGUUUGGGUCAGAGGUGUGGUGGGAGGAGAGAUUCAAAUCACCCGCUGCCCCCUCCAACGACCAGCUCUUGGGCCCAGGCUGUGGGCUCGGACCCGAAUCUGCCUCCGUCCUCCUCCUCGGGGCCCGGCUCCAGGCCCGUGCCCGGCCUCCGCGGGGCCCGGCUCCAGACUCUAAACCUCAACCUGCGGCCGUCCUUCUUGGAAGUCCAACUCCGGGCUGAGACCGGGGUCCUCGCCCGCCCUCCUCAGGACUGAGGUCCCGGCCUGUCCCCGACCUCCUCGGGGUCCGGCUCCGGGCUCAGACCGGGCAGCUCUCACGGCCCGGAUCAUCUGCCGUGGGGAAGAGCAUCAAAUGGCAGAACCCAAUGGAGUGUUGCUCACAUUCUCUCUGAGACCUAAAGCCAAGGCCAUCUGCCAUGGAAAUCCAACUUGGAUGAUAGAGCUGGAGCAGUAUUUAAGUCCUAUAAAAUAAAUGUUAUAUAUUUUUCCAAGAUGCCCAAAAUAUUGUUUUGAGACUGAGAUGUGCUCAUCACCUUUUCAUUCUACUUUAAUAAUAAUUAUUGUGAAUUUCUAAA